AAGCGUUCCAUGUUAAGGUUUCUCAAUAUUGAAAGAGCUUCGUGGAAUAAAAUUGCAACAAUAAAAAACAUUAUACGGUUCAAAAUAUAUUUAAAAUCGUGGGUCGAAUGCAUGGUCCUCUGUUUGAAACGAUAGUAUAAAAGUUUUCAUUAACAAACGCCAGAACAGGGGAGAAAGCUUGGCCCGCAGCAGUAACAACAACAAAGGGCAAGUUGAGUUCCCCGCUUGGCUUGAAAGAAAAGUGCAAAGUGAGCGGUUAAUAUGUCUGCCCCUGAAAUUGAAGUAGCCAAUGUAAAUAAUUUUGAAAAGAUACAAAACUUCCUUAAUGACUCCGCCUACAAAGAGAUUUUGGAAAACAGUGAAAACUACAAUACUCGAUUAUGCAUCGAAAGACGUCUGCGGAUGCCCUUCCUAGACCCUCAAACAGGGGUUGCACAGACCCAUUGUGCUCUAUUUGUGAAACAGAAACAGCGGAUGCCAGGUUUUCGCGAAGGACAACUUUAUACGUAUCCCUCGUCGAGGUGGCGUAAACCGAAGAGACAAUAUCUGCACAAUCACCAUCACAGCUAUCGACCAUUUCAGUAUAGGGAGUCGCAUCAUCAUAAUCAUCAUCAUUAUGCCACAACUGCUGGGUCAGGAUCGUCGUCUCGGGAUCAUCAUCAGAAUGAGAAUGCAGCUUUGACAGCCGAUGGCAAUUCAAUGAGUGCUUCUGGUGACAACGAUAGCAAGGAUUCCCAUGCCAAUGCCGAAAAAGAAUGGUUCCACGAGGACAUGGAAAUGACCUAUCACCAUCAUGAAGAUUUUGAGGAUGACUUCGAAUCGGAUAACGAUUUUGAUGAGUCGUAUAGUGCAAGAGGCAAGCGUAAACGUGGAACCGCCACCGGUAGCACUCGUUGGCGCAAAUCCAAUACCAGCGUGGAUGGUACUCCCAAGCGUGGUCGCAAAGGAGGUGGCACCCGUCGCCGUGGAGGCGCCAAUGCUGACGGCGAAGGUUCCGGAGAGCCUACUCGUCGCCGUCGUGGUGGUGCUGGUGGAGCCGCUGCCUCAAAUACCUCAGCUGCUGCGGCAGCCGCUCCCAGCGUUACCAAUGUAGCUCCCACAACCAUAAGUCAUUCCAAUUCAGCAUCACCCAUUACAAAUACCGAUGACUCUUCUCAGCCAGGUUUAACAUUGCCUUCCAGCGUUAACACAAAUGCACCAGUAACAGCGCCCAUUGUACCACCACCACCCAUAGAUAACUCAUCCUCGAAUGCAACUGAUGCCUCGAUUGGUUUACCCACGGAUAGUAAUUCUUCAAGCGCACCAGCACCGCCGGCAGCCACUGCUGCUGCCCAGCAAGUUGUUGCGGCCGCUGCAGCCACAGCAGUUGCGCCCAGCCCCACUAAGCCAGCGGCCAAGUCGAAAGUUCGCUCCAACUAUCGUGAUGUGGCCCAGCCAUCACCCUAUUGCGAUUUUUGCCUGGGCGAUCAGCGGGAGAAUAAAAAGACUAAUUUACCCGAAGAAUUGGUUUCUUGUUCCGAUUGUGGCCGUUCCGGCCAUCCAUCCUGUCUGCAGUUCACGCCCAAUAUGAUAAUCUCGGUGAAACGUUAUCGUUGGCAAUGCAUUGAAUGCAAAUACUGUUCCAUAUGUGGCACUUCCGAUAAUGAUGAUCAAUUGUUGUUUUGCGAUGACUGUGAUCGUGGCUAUCACAUGUAUUGUCUAUCGCCGCCGUUGGUGACACCUCCCGAGGGCUCUUGGAGUUGUAAACUGUGUCUGGAGGAAUUCCACAAGACCGAUGAUAACACUACUAAUUAAAGCUCUUACUCUCUCUCUCUCUCUAUGCAAAGGGAAUGCCACAAUUUAACAAAAUGAAAUGAUAUUCAUUUUUUACUCGACUCUUUUUUUUUUUACAUGUGCGUGUGUUUUUUAACAUAAAUUUAAGUUGGUCUUUAGUUUUAUUUUUCGUGUUUUUUUUUUUAGUUUAGAAUUCUAUGGCAGCUUUUUAAAAGUAUAUAAAUUUAAGAUGCAAAAUGAAUCAUUUUUUUCUAUAAUUUUCUUACUCGAAACUCCUAAUUCCCUAAUUAGUACUUCCUUUGGCUAAGAUUAUGAGUAUUCUCUAAAUAUUUUUUGUGUUGUCCACAUUUAUGUGUUAAUUUAUUUCUCGUUUUUUACCGUGAUCAAAUCUCAUUUUACCUAUACAUAUACAUACAUAUAUCUUUAAUAGAACUUGUAAAAUUUGUAUUCCAUUUUAUUUAUCAUUCUAUUUGGUUUUUAUACAAAAUUCAAAUCCAUAUAUACAUAUAUAAAUACUACAAACAAUUAAAGCAAUAGUGCUAUAAGAAACAGAAGCUGAAAAGAAUUACGUACUAUAUACAUACAUAUAAUUUCCACUUCCAAUCAUAAUAAACCGCUAAAAUAUCUUUCAACAAA